AUGCGUAUGCUCACUUAUGGGGUUCCAGCUGAUGCGACAGAUGAGUACGUUCGCAUUGGCGAAAGUACUGCACUUGAGAGCCUACGUAAGUUUGUUGCUGCAGUUGUUGAAAUAUUUGAAGAUGAAUACCUCAGAUACCCCAAUGAGGCAGACAUAGCACGAUUACUUGCAAUGGGUGAGAAAAAAGGAUUUUCGGGAAUGUUAGGGUCCAUCGAUUGUAUGCAUUGGGCAUGGAAGAACUGUCCAUAUGAUAAACAAGGUCAGUACAAGAGGCAUGUGGACAAGCCAACUAUCAUUCUAGAGGCUGUUGCUUCGGACGACCUUUGGAUAUGGCAUGCCUUUUUUGGAAUGCCUGGGUCCCAUAAUGAUAUCAAUGUUCUUCAUAGAUCUCCUUUGUUUGAUAACCUAGCCGAAAGUAGAGCUCCAGGAGUGAAAUUUUCUGUUAACGGACAUGAUUACACAAUGGGAUAUUAUCUUGCAGAUGGUAUAUACCCCUCAUGGGCUACUUUAAUCCAAUCCAUCGCUGCUCCUAUGGGCAACAAGAGGCAAUAUUUUGCCAAAGCACAAGAAGCAGCGAGGAAGAUGGUCGAGAGAGCUUUUGGGUUCUUCAAUCUAGGUUUGCCAUUAUUCGAGGACCAGCGCGCCCUUGGGACAUUGAGACUUUGGCAUUGA